AUCUUAAGGGUCUCCAACUGAAUUCCUUGAAGAGAAAAUGGCCUACCAGGAUUAUCAAAACAGCCAAAGCUGGCCAGUAGACACAAGCUUUUGUUUCCAGCCUCAGCAAAUGUUGAAUCCUAACCAGACUGACCCCUUUAAGAUGCAUGAUGAUAGUGGCCUGGAUGAGUUGCUGUUUCUCUCCAGUGGACCCAUGAAUGCUCCAGCAAUCACAGGGCAAGAUGAACCCCUGGAAGACAGUUUCAGUGUGCCUCCCUAUGAUACCUUCACUCCCACAACUGUUGUACCCCAAGAGUGGUCUGUGGAAGCCCCAAACUCUCCACACUUGGAGACCUUUGUUUCCCCAGAUGCGGUUACAGAAACUCUUCAACUAGCAACAGAGCCAUCCAAGGAACUAGAAAUGGAGUCAGUAAAAGAGCAGCCCCCACCUGAAGCAUUGGAAAUGAUGGGACAGAAGACUACUAUCCCAGUCCUAUCUACUGAAACAGGGGUAUCCACAGCCCUUGACAUGACACCAGCCACAGAAACAGAGGUAGCAUUGACUGAAGAUAUGGAAGAACCCACCAAAUCUGAUGUGACAGUGGAAAAAGACAUACAGCCAUUCAUGGAUUCAGAUAUAUCCCUGGUCAAGGAAAUAGUACUACCCACAGAAGCAGAGGUGGCUCCCUUUAAGGAUGUCAUCUCGCCUAUAGAAGCAGAUGUGUCUUCAGCCAAGGAUAUUGCACUGCCUGCAGAAAAAGAGGUGGUCCCAGGCGAGGAUGUGACACUGUCCAAAGAAACAGAGCAAACAAUUCCUACAAAAAUGGAUUUGGUCCCACCUGAGGAUAUAGAGAUAGCCCCAGCCAAGGGUAUGGUAUCACUCUCAGAAAUAGAGGUACCACUGGAUAAGGACACUGAUUCAGCUACAGAAAUACCUCCAGCUGAGGAGAUGGCCUUGUCCUCCAAAACAGAGGUGGUCCUAGCAAGGGACAUGACAUUGCCGUCAGAUACCAUGAUGGUUUUGACCAAGAAUGUAGCACUGCCCUUAGAAACAGAGGGAGUUCUGAUCAAGGACAUGACUCCAUCCCCAGAAACAGAAAUGACCCUGGGUGAGGAUACAGCUCCACCCACAGAAACAAAAUUGGGCAUGGUUAAGGACACAGCUCCACUCCCAGAAUCAGAAGUGGCCCUGGGCAUGGAAGUCACUACACUCCCAGAAAUAAAGGUAGUUGAGCUCAACAGUGUUACCCCACUUUCAGAAAAAGAGGCAGCCUCAAUCAACAAUGUGAAACCAGAAUCAGAGGCUGCACCAACUAAGGAUGUAGCUCUGCCCCCUGGAACAGAGGUGACCCUGGACAACGUUACUCCAGCCAAGGAUGUUACACCACUCUUGGAAACAGAAAUAGCACCAAUUCAAAUGAAAGACAAGGAAAUUGGGCAGAUCCAGGAAGGACUAAGUGAAGAUUCCCACUUAGAACCUGUGCAGCAUGAGGGACAGUCAGCUGUACCUCCUUCCAUGAUUUCACCAGAACCAGUCAAAGCUACAGACCAAAAGUAUAACUUGCCAACAAAUGAAGAUUCUGUGUUAGAGAAAUUGGAGCCAAAAGAACCACUGAGCAGUCAACCUUCUGAACACUCAGCAGAGGCCUCAGGUACCCCUCCCUCACAAGGCAAACAAGUUUGCAGACCCAGUUACCACAGGUCAGCCCAGCCCAAGCCUGCCGAGGCCCCUUCUAAGUUGCUGGAAGGCUCUCCUUCAUUGAAGACUCUUGAUGACAAUCAGAGCCCCUGCCCUUUUUCUGAGUUGGGUUGGGUUCCUGGUUCAUCUUCCUAUGGUGAGCGUGGGAACCAAAGGAAAAGUAUUCAUUCUGACUUCUUGGCACCCCAGAGAGAUCAUGGCAGGGAAGCCUGGGACACAGAGGGCAUGUCAAUGAUGAUGAUGAAGAAAAAGAAGAAAAAACCAAAGCAAAAGAGAUAUCCUCAGUCCCAAGUUGGGGGUCCUUGGGAUGAUGACAUUGCAGAGCCCAAAGGUCAUUUGUUUGUAGCUGGGCCCCAUAAAUCAGAUGUUCUUUCUAGCCAGCCUACCCCCAAGGGCACAGAAUAUGGAUUUGUAUCCAGAGACAACUUGAAAAGUGAUUGUAGAGUUGGUUCAGAGUGCCUCAGAGUUACUUCCUAUUCCGAACAAACAAAUUCUCAGUCCAAGCUGAGAGUAGAGGAAGAGGGCAGAGGUAGGAAAUCACUGCCAGAAAGCCAAGAUACGAACUUGCUACAGCAAGAGGAACACAAAGCCCCUACAUCUUUCCUCAAGCCUUCUGUGGAUACAAGACAGUCAGUGGGUCCUCCCAGUCAAAAAGAACCUCUGACAGAAGUGUCUGUACAGAAAGUGGAAACUCUUCUGGAGACCAGACCCAAAGACGGUUGCUCUGCUGUCCUAAGCCAAGAUAUUAUGAAUGGAGUUUCAAAACUUACAACAGCAAAAGUACUACCAAGUUUGAUCCCCACUUCAACAGCAAGCAGUCCAUUAGAAGAUAGUCUAAAAGAAGCAAAUAAUAAAAGCAAAGUGACUAAACUGCAGGAUGUUAAAAAUCAGAAAGAGUUCCCAGACAAAGUUAGAGAGGUUAAAGAACUAAAAACAGAGGUAUUUCCCAAGCAAAGGGAAGAAAUCAGCCUAUUUACUUCUCAGGAGCUGAAGGACCAAGUGUUAAUGCAGGCUCCUGGGGCAAGGAAUGAGACAUUCAAGAGAGUGACAGGUGAUGGCAGAAGCAGAAAGGGGAGGGGAAGUUCUGGGAAAGUCAGAGCAGGUUCUGGGAGGUUGAGAGGGAAAUCUGAGGUGCCAUUUCUUCUGGACAGCGAGGAUGCAAGGGCUGUUCUGCCAAGUGAGCUAGUUCCGGAAACGAAAAAAAAAGUGACUGCUGUGGAUAAGAGAGGAGAGCAAGAGUUGGAUUCUUCAAAGCAACCAGGGGCUGUUACUGAACUCACUGAGCCAGUGGCAGUGAGGGUGGACAAAGAGAUGACUGCAAGUGUGGAAAGCACCAUGCAGGCAUUGAUUCCUUUGGAAACUGGGUCAGGCUUGACUCAGACUUCCGAUGCUAGGAUAGAAAGAGGAGCUGAAGUUAAAAAUACGGGUAAGGAAGGGAAGUACCCUUGGGUGGAUCAUGAGUCAACUCCCUGGAUCUCUGAAAAGCCUAAAAAGAAAGGCAAUGAAGGCAGAAACAAAAAGUUUAAAAAUAAUUAUCCUGUACAGCCUACCAGAAUGGGGGGCAAGGAGGAAAUUGUCAACCCACCUUUCGUAGAGAAGGACAGUGAUACCGGUACUAUUAGCCUUAAAAACAGAGAAUUAGGACAAAAUUUCCCAAAACCACAUGAUCCUAUUUUCUUACAUACAUCACAUACACCCACUGUGGAAGUCCUUGACAGAAAGAAUAAAAAUGUUGAAGCUAAUUCUGUUGAUCUUGGUGUUCUUGAGGGGAAUAAAAAAAACACAAUCAAGGACACUGCUAUUACUGAACCAGCUGUCAAAGCGACAGAUGUGAGCUCCCAAAACCAAAUCCAGGGGGCAGGAUUUAUUCCCUCGGUAGUAUCUGAGAAGAACAAGAGAGGUGCAGCCAAGCGACACGCUGCAGUGGCUGACAAACCCAAUAAAAGGAGUAAUGAUGAGAAAUGUAAAGAGGCUAAAAGUAGUUUUCCUGAGGAGCACAUUCUGGAGAUUAAGACAGAUACUGCAAAAAUACAUAUUCCCAUGGAAACCACAGGAGACCACAGAAUUGAAGUAAUGGGCUAUGUGGAUGAAAAUAGAAAUAUUGCAUUUACCUGUCCGAGAACACCAUCAGGGCCAAUAAAUAAGUCAGCUCCCCUAGAGGUUGUGGAAUCAGCAGACUGUGAAACACUGUCCACUCCUACUUCUCAGGUAAUAAAGAAAGGUGAUUCCUUACCAGACACCUGUACAAAAAAUGAGCAAGAGAGAGUUCCAGACCAGAUUUCCAGAUUAUUAGUGGAAGAUACCUACAACAAAGAUGGAGUCCCAGGUCAGGAAAGACCAGCAAUUCCCUCUUCUGUUAAGCCUUCUAGCACAGAACGAGUUGCUGUGACUUUUACAGAAGGUACAGAAAAGGUUAACAGUUACGGAGAUCACUGUCUUAAGAAUAAAGGCAAGCUUGAUGAUCACAGGAAAAAUAAAGUAGGGGUAAUCAAUGAAGGGCAUGAGGUCAGAGAAUCUGAGUCGGUGCACCAUGUGGCCUCUAAGCAUACAGUACAGCAGGUCACCGAGCCAUCCAAAGAACACUUUCUUCCUGGAAUGCCCACAGAAAACCAGAGCCUGCCAGGAGAGGUCAGAGUCCUAGAUACACAUGCAGAUAAUGGUGCUUUGCCAGCAUCUCUAGUGAACAAAGAAAAGGGAACUAAGAGAGAUUCUGCCCCAGUUCAAAACCCUGACCUGGGAAGUAAAGCACAGAAGCUUAGUUUAUGUGAGUAUCAAAAUGUGAAAGAGAGAGAUUCCAAGAGCCCACAUAGUUUGGAUAAUAAGGUAGAUACAACUCUUUGGCCUCUAAAAAAUGAAAAGGAAAAAAUGAAAGAAAUCAGUCUGCCUUGUGAAGUCACAAAAUUGGAAUCUGUUCCCAUGCUCACACCAGCACUGCUGUCGGAUUUCUCAUGUGGCAGUGUUGAGGGCCCUCCUUCAGCGGUGGAAGAUAAGCUAGUAGUGACUGCUUCCGAAGAUCAUCAAGUCCCAGAACUCAAAGACAGUAUUGUGGAAGCACCUCAGAAACUAACAGAAAAGUCUGAAUUGGAGACACUGGAUGAAAGAAAGAAAAAAGAUAAAAGCAGAAUGGCAGAGCCAGUGAAAGGCUACAUGAGACCUACCAAGUCCCGGGGACUUACUCCACUUUUGCCAAAGUUCACAAGCCAGGAAAGAGACAAAUCCAGGCUGCUCAAGUCCAGUGGAAUAGCCAGGCAAGAAGAAGGAAAGGCUGAUGUUGGUGUGACCGGAAAUGACAUCACUACCCCACCAAACAAGGAGCUACCACCAAGCCCAGAAAAGAAAACAAAGCCUUUGGCCACCACUCAACCUGCAAAGACUUCAACAUCGAAAGCCAAAACACAGCCCACUUCUGUCCCUAAGCAGCCAGCUCCCACCACCCCUGGUGGGUUGAAUAAAAAACCCAUGAGCCUCGCUUCAGGCUCAGUACCAGCUGCCCCACCCAAACGCCCUGCUGCUGCCACUGCCAGGCCUUCCACCCUGCCUGCAAGAGAUGUGAAGCCAAAGCCCACUGCAGAGGCUAAGAUUUCUGAAAAGCGAAUCUCACCAUCGAAGCCCAUAUCUGUCCCAGCCCUCAGACCUGGACCCAAGACCACCCCAGCAGUCUCAAAAACCACAUCUCCUGCAACUCUUACUUCCACUGGACCAGGCAGUCGAAGCCCCGCCACACCCCUGCCUAAGAGACCCAGCACCAUUAAGACUGAGGGAAAACCUGCUGAUGUCAAGAAGAUGACUGCCAAGUCUGCACCAGCUGACUUGAGUCGCUCAAAGACCACCUCUACCAGUUCUGUAAAGAGAAACACCACUUCCACAGGGGCAGCACCCCCAGCAGGAAUGACUUCCACGCGAGUCAAGCCCACGUCAGCACCUUCCCGGCCUUCUGUGGACAAGAAGCCCACCUUGGCUAAGCCUAGCUUCUCUGUGCCCAGGCUGAGCCGCCUAACCACCACUGCCUCUGCCUCUGCCCCUGAUCUGAAAAAUGUCCGCUCCAAGGUUGGUUCCAUAGAAAACAUCAAGCAUCAGCCUGGAGGAGGCCGGGCCAAAGUAGAGAAAAAAACAGAGGCAGCUACAACGGGAAAGCCUGAACCUAAUGCAACCACUAAAACAGCGGGCUCCAUUGCAAGUACACAGAAACCACCUGCCGGGAAAGUCCAGAUAGUCUCCAAAAAAGUGAGCUACAGCCAUAUUCAAUCCAAGUGUGGUUCCAAGGACAAUAUUAAGCAUGUCCCUGGAGGUGGUAAUGUUCAGAUUCAGAACAAGAAAGUGGACAUCUCCAAGGUCUCCUCCAAGUGCGGGUCCAAAGCUAAUAUCAAGCACAAGCCUGGUGGAGGAGAUGUCAAGAUUGAAAGUCAGAAGUUGAACUUCAAGGAGAAGGCCCAGGCCAAGGUUGGAUCCCUUGAUAAUGUGGGCCACCUACCUGCAGGAGGUGCCGUGAAGAUUGAGACCUACAGGCUGACGUUCCGGGCAAAUGCCAGGGCCCGCACCGACCAUGGGGCCGACAUUGUCUCCCGACCCCCCAACUUCCCUGGUGGCCCCAGCUUGGGCUCCCGGGCUCUUGGCUCCCUUUCCCGGGCUGUGUACUAGACUUGUGAGCUCUUGAGUGCUGGGCAACCCUGUAGGCCCCUUUUCCUUCUGCCUCGCUUGCUCAGGGCAGCAGCAGCCCUGCCUCCACAUCUCCUCCUGCCCCUGCUGGACCCUGCUCCAACUUCAUUCCUGUCCCAUCACCACACCAUGGCUUCAUGGAGAAAGCUGGGAGGGGAGUGGAGUCUGGUGGGAUCCCAUAGGAUCUAGGAGGGGGAGCCGGACUCCAGCCUCCUGUUUGGUUUUUUUGGACCAAACCCAAAAGAAACUGACAUACUCUCCCUCCUCCCUGGGACAACCUGGAGGGACUAGUGGAGGUGGAUUACAUGUGAUGACCAGUGCUGCCUGUAUCCCCUAAGCCACUGCCUCUCUGACUCCUCAGUGGAGACCACCAUGUAGGUGGCACCAAGCACUCUUGCUGCCUUGACCCAAAUUAGUUAGGAGUCAGUGCCAUUUGUCCCCAUUGCCUACCGUACCUGCCUAGCUGCUGCCUCACUUUUUUUCUUAUUUUAUUCUUUUUCUUUCCCUUCCCAAUAACCUAUGAACUGGUGGCAUAGUUUACAGGUUGAAGCCAUGUCUAAAUGAGAGUUCUCAGUAGGUGAUGAAGGAUGCAGGGAGGGUGGUCCUGAGUCUCCACCCAGGAGGCUGUCGGGCAUUGGGGGCUGCCAUGCUUCAGGCAACUUGGGGCCCUGUAGGAAGGGAAGUGAGAUGCGGGGCUAUGGCCUAGUGAACAGUUGGGCAACUAGGGCUGGUCAGUGUGGACUGGUUGUGUUCCCAUUGUAUGUGUAUGCUGCUUUUCUUUUCUAACCAAGAAGCUGUUUUGGCAUCUGUCUCAUUCCCUGGGAUCUGGUAGUCAACCAUGCGAUACAAAACAAGGGCCGGAGAAACAGGAAUGAAGGUCAGAAUCCCCAAGCCUACAUAUGAAGACCAAGACACCCAAACCCUCAUGUCCAGAGGAGCCUGAGAUGUCCAAAACAUGUGAACAGUGGGGAAUCAGGUGUGGAAAUUUAAAAAUAAAACACAUGAGACAGGCCAUCCCACUUUCCGUCUGGUCUGCCUAGAGAGAGGAGACCAGCCUUAGGUGGGGCAGUCAUCCUAGCUUAGUCUGCUCAUGUGGGUCAGAUGGCUGCAAUGAUGAGAAAUCCUGGGAAUUGUAUCGACACAGAUUCUUAUUGCACUUGUAUUUUUUGUAUUAAAGUUUGCAUGGUUUCUAAUAAAGGAUUCAAACCUAA